AUGACGUCGUACAGAAUGGACAAAAAUGGAAGGAAAUAUUGUGGUGAAGAAUAUGUUCAAGCAGUUUUUUCAACCACCGAAGGAAACCCUGAUAACAUGUCUAUUUGUAUCAACGACGACGAUGAAGAUGAAGGAGAACACCGAACCUGUCUGAGGAGAAAUGCUCUACUAAUACUGGUGGUUAUUGGUGUUGCCACAGGGUUCGGACUUGGGUUCGGACUCAGAUCAGCAGACUUAUCAGCCGACGCUCUAAUGUGGCUUGGUUUACCAGGAGAAAUGUUCAUGAACAUGCUUAAAAUGACCAUAAUACCUCUCAUCGCAGGCAGCAUUAUAGCAGGUACAGCAACAUCUGAUCCCAAAUCUAACGGUCGAAUCAGCAUCCUCUCUAUAACUUUCAUCGUGAUGGCCAACUUGUUUGGUGCUAUUAUGGGAAUCUUGGCCUACUUCAUUUUAAGUUUGGGUGGCGACACUACCAGCCCAAAUGUCCACAGUAGGUCCAGUCCAGAUUCUCAACACCUACAAACACAGGAUAUGUUCGCCGACUUACUACGAAAUAUUAUACCGGAUAAUAUCAUUACUACGACCUUUCAAAAAGCCCAGACCCGAUACACUAGUACAGUCUCUGUGGCGGAAAAUAACGGGACAAACGUCACAGUACAGGUCUUUGUUCGCCAUGUGGGAGUGGCCAACAGCACAAAUGUAUUAGGAGUGAUCCUGAUCUCGGCUGUGGUUGGGUUGGCCGCCAGCACCGUAAAGGAAUCAUCCACCAACUUUGUUCCAUUCUUCCAGGCCACAUCCAAUAUCUUCAUCCGAAUCAUGAGAUGGUUUGUUUGGUCGACCCCUGUGGGCGUGGCCAGUCUGAUUUGUGUAUCUGUACUCCGGGUGGAGAGCUUGGAGGACACGUUUAGAAGCCUUGGCAUGUACCUCAUCACUUUCACAGUUGGGAACCUCAUACAACAGCUCUUGCUCAUACCUUCCAUCUACUUCUUGGCAAUACGGAAGAACCCUUUCACAUUCCUCCUGAGUACAGCACGGCCCUGGAUGGCAGUAUUCGGUCCUCCUAGCUCUAUGGUGGGUAUGCCUGAAAUGAUCACAGUCUGCGAGGAAACCCAUCACGUUGACAAACGAGUGUCCAGCUUUGCCAUUCCAUUCAGCGUCACACUGUGUAGAGCCGGAAGCUGUUAUUUCAUCAGCCUUUCUGCAUUGUUUAUCAUCUCUAUGAACGGGCAAUAUCCUUCCGUCUCUGAAGUCAUAAUGAUUGGUCAGUCUGUGGGAGUAUUGAUGGCAUUGGAAUGGUACACAGAUCGGAUGCGGACGUCAUGUAAUAUGUUACAUAUGGUAACGUGUACUAUCGUGGUGGACAAACUGUGUGCUCCACAGCUACGGGGGCUUAAAUCGAUCAGGAAGGAUGAUGUUGAUGAGACAGGACGUGCAUAA